AUAUAUUGCUGAGAAACUCGUCCGAGCCCUCUCUCAAUAGACCUCUCUGUGUGUCUCUGAGAAACUCGUCGCACAAACAAAAAGAGAAAAAAUGGCGGGUGGUGGAAAGGUGUCAUUCAAGGUUACUCUAACCUCCGAUCCAAAGCUGCCCUUCAAAGUGUUUAGCGUUCCAGAGGCAGCCCCUUUCACCGCCGUGCUCAAAUUCGCAGCCGAGGAAUUCAAAGUGCCUCCCCAGACCAGCGCCAUCAUCACCAACGAUGGUGUUGGAAUUAACCCUCAGCAAAGUGCAGGCAAUGUAUUCCUCAAGCAUGGUUCGGAACUGCGCCUAAUUCCUCGCGAUAGGGUUGGAGCUUUUGGGACAAUCGACGCAGCAUUACCAUCCAACUGAAGAGACUGGUCUACUUCUGUUGUAAUUGCGCUAUCCUUUAUGAUAUGCACCAUUUUAUUAAGUUGGAAACUUUAUGAAGCAGUGUCAGAAUAGUUGACAGUAUAAACUCUCCAGAAAAAUGACUGUAAUAGAUGAACUUAAAUAAUAUUGAAAGGAUAAUUAUCAAACAUAAAACUGUAGUUUUUCCCUUA